UAAGAGAACUUCACGUCUUAACUGCGACACCGGACGUCACAUAAUGUAACUCACUGGCUCGUUUCAGUCGACUCCAGUCUUGAUAUCCCCGCACAAAUAGGUCCCACAUGUAAAGUCAGCUAAUCCAAGUCGGUAGAAGUUCUUCCUUUAGACAGACAGAUAACACGGUCCGCUCAGAUUUACAUUGUUAGGCUAAUAUCUGACUGAAAUAAAUAGGCCAUUUGCGCAGAAAGAACGCUGUGACGAGAAAAAUACUCGGUCACGUGAUUGUGGUAUGGAUAUAUAAACCGCGAAAGAGGCCGAGUUGCUUCUUUGUUCGCUGAGCACAUGGUCGAUGGUUUGUGCUGUGAAUGAUCUUGUUAAUAUCACCUCAGUUUGGCGUUCCAAAGGCGUUAACUUUGCUGUCUAAGAUGAAGGCUGACUUGAAUUGGUCCUGCUGCUGGUAACUGGGUAAAGGCUGAAGGCAGUCCAGAUUGGGCUGAAAAAUGGAUGUGUCUGACCCUGUUCUUCUUUCUGAUCCAUCCAUAAGUGAAGAUGUGAAUAUGGAUUCAAAGCAGGAUGAAGUUGACGGAUCACCUAUAUCGGACGUAACAGAUGGAGUUUCGCAAAGUACUACUGAAGGAGCAGACCGCUCACAACCAGCAAAAGAGUUAAAUGUUGUACAUUCCCUGACUAUUUCUGCUGCUUCAUUACAAAAGGAUCAAAGUCAAGAGGAAAAUCGUAAUGUCUCUAGUACAACCAAACCAAACGAAAGAAUUUUGAUAUCUGAACCAAGAAGCAUAUCAGAGUGUGAUGAUGGAGAAACAAAUCUUGUUAUUGACUUUGGAGAAGUGAAUCAGUUGGCAGAUGACGAUGAAGAUAAUGUAGAGAAGACAGAAAUUGAUGAAAAAAUGUCAGCUAAAAGUGGGGCUUUAAUGUAUGAUAAUAACGAUACAAACAAAAUAUCGGAAGAAAAAAUGGAUACAAAUGACAAAGAACAAAAUAAAGAUGAGGAUCCGGAGUCCAAGUCUGCACCAGUCAUUGAAGUUGUGAGUAAAGAUAUCGGAUUGGAUUAUUUUGAAAGACUUGAAAAUAGUUUGCGUGAGUUGGAGAAGCAAAUGUCAAGUUCUGGCGAUUCAGAAAAUCCUGAACAAUUGUUAGACUCGGGUAGUACUGUAAGUGGAAGUACUCUAUUACAAAAUGGUUCGGAGAAAGCCCAAGAUAUCUCUACUGUGGAAAUGGAUAACAAGUCAGAAGAUUCGAAGGGAUAUAUUGACGCAAAAAAAAAGGAAAAAGACCCAGUUGUAGCACCCUCUGAUGUUUUAUCUGGUAAUAAUGUUGAUUCAGAAACGCAAAAGGAUAGUGUUGAUAAAAUGGAAAAACCAACAAAAAACAAGCAUGAAGUCAAAUUGUCUGCAGAAAAUGCAAAUGCUAUGUGGUCAAAGAUUGGAAUGAUGCGUUGCACAAGCUGCUCCUUUACAACUGACCAGGAAGCUAUGUUGAACUCUCAUACAGUGAUAUGCAGUAAACGAAAAGUUGUGAAAGGAGAAAUUAAUUUCAAAUACAAAGCAGACCGCUAUGGAUGUGAAGCAUGCCUUUAUACAACAAAGAGUGUACGGAACUUCGAGGAACAUGUAGCUUUUCAUUUGCUUGCCCAGCCUUAUAUCUGUUUGAAAUGUGUUGCUACAUUUGAGAGUAAAUCUGCAAUUGAAAAUCACGUUAGUACCAUACAUUGCGAUGAGAUGGUGAAAUGUGGUUUACGAGGAUCCAAAAAAAUCAGUCACAUAAUAGGAAUGUUGCACAAAGAUUCUAAGUUCUCAUUCACAGGAAGAAUGUUGGAUAAAAAGGUUUGGAACAUGUCUAUGGCAUCUACAACAAAGGAUCAAAAUACACAUGGAAAGGUUCAAAACACGUCUCUUCUGAAGAAAAUUGAACGACCAGCGAUUAUUCAGCAAAAGAACUUUAUGAAAACCAGUCCUUCAAAGAAAGAUUCUUUUCCGUUAGAACCAUUAGAGAAGACGGAGAAAACUGCAUCUGAGAUAGUUACUACUACUGCUAAACCAGUUCCAAUUCAGAGUAGUAGUACUGCUAAACCAGUUCCAAUUCAGAGUAGUAGUACUGCUAAACCAGUUCCAAUUCAGAGUAGUCCUCCAAUAGUGCCCAAGGCCUGCAUCACCACUUCCUCCGCACAACUUCCAGGUGUCCAGACUUCUACAGGAGGGCUAAAUGUCUCCUCAUUCAUCCUUGUUCCAGUGACGAUGGCACCGAAGCCCCCUCCACCGGUUGUUCAGCCAAAUAAACCGCCUGGAUUGGUAUCGAUUUUAGGGUGCCUACAACCCUUCUUUAAAAGACCUCAACAACAAAUGAUUGUAAUGAACCAAAAUAAUGUGCGUCCGACAACUUCCACACGACAGUUCAUAGUAUUGCCACCUACGACGAGUACGCCAACUUCCCCGGUGGUUCAUCCUCAAAAUAUUUUAAUUGACAAUCAGAAUCUUCAUUCUAGUAUGAUUCAAACACAGACAACCGUGCAGCAGAAACUGAUUUUGACAUCUCAACAACAAGCUGUCGUUUCUAGUACAAUUUCUCCCCAAUAUACAGUUUCUUCCCAAUUGAACUCGUCAAAGUCAAAUUCUGCUUCGAAGAACCAGUGUAUAUCCAUACAGUACAAUGAAGUGAGAAAAAGCAACACCCCUUCACAAAAAGAAGAUCCUAAAGAAUUGAGCGCUGAUGAGAAAUUGGGUACUGUCAUUGAUUUGACGGAGGGAAGUUCACAAAAUAGUUGUCGGAUUUCUUUCCGAAAGGAAGGAUCAUCAUAUAUCUGCAAGUAUUGUAAAGUGAAAACUGAAACAGAGGACGGUUUUAGUCGACAUGUUUGGAGGCAUUUUCACGGACAGCCUCAAAUCUGCAAAAACUGUCCAAACGACUAUUCGGCCGAUGACGUCGCAAAGUGUGCUCUCGUUGCGGAAGUAAUGAAAAAGUUAGUUACCUUUGAUGUUGAAGAGAAUAACACAUCCAACAAUGUUAUUGAGGUUGUGUCUGACGAUGACGAUCAUGUUGAAAGCCAACGACCUAUUAGUAACACUGACGCGCAAAUGGAAGGGUCGGAUAGCCAGGAAAACUCGACAAAUAGUGAAGAAGAUAGUGGUUUGCAAAUAAAGAUAGCAUCAACAUACAGUUUGAGCGAACCAUCGAAAUCACAGGCAGAUAUAAAUCCAGAGAAAGAAUCAGAACCGUCUGUGUUAUCAGAGGAAGUAAAGGAAGAUAGAAAUUCACCAUCAACAAUGAAAAAGAAAGACUCAGGAAAUAUAUUUGAAAAAAUGCAAGGAUCGAUAAAUGUUGUUGAUCAAACGUACAACAACCAUGACACCGGUAAAGACGACUCGCCAUCGUCCGACCAGAGAAGUGAAAAUGCUUCUCGUGGCAUUGCAAUUGAAAAUAGCAGAAAAUCACCUUCAAUAACGACAAGUUCAAGUAGAUCAUCAAUAGAAGCACCAAGUGCGACAGAAAUGACAGAAGUCACUGACGCGAACAAAGGAACCACUUCAGUUGAAAAGGUGAAAAAGACAACAGGUGCUGAGAAUACGCCUAAAUUUUCUUGUAAUGGAAGUUUCUAUGUGUGUGGCUUUACCGAUUGUCGCUUCUCAUGUAUUACAUCUGGUGAGUAUAGGGAACAUUUAAUGUGUUGGCACUCGGAUGCUGAAGAAUAUAAAUGUUCACAUUGUGGACACAGAAGUCUUACAGAAGAUUGUCAUUUGCGGCACAUGCUAACUCACUCAAAAGCAUCGUCUUUCAUUCUUUACACGUGCAGUUAUCCAGCUUGUCUUUACGGAACUAAUGUCGUAAAUUUGUUUCGGGAUCACUGGACAAAGUUUCACCCACAUACAAAGCAGUUCAAAUGCCGAUCAUGUAAAAUGAUGUUUCCCUCUGCCGAGGACCUCAUCACUCACAUACAGGCAAAUAUACUUAAAUUCGUUACGUGCCCACAUUGUACGGCCAAAGAUAGCAACAGGAAGACGAUCAUUGCACAUAUCAUUGAAGCACAUCCAGGUAAACCUCGACAGAUUACUGUUGCCAGCCAACUUGUAUGUCAAGAGAGAGACAACAACGAGUUUGCGGUUCCUGUUCCAGGGAUUCCAGAUAAACCAACCGAGGUCUCGCCCUGGCCAUCUGUGUAUAUGGACGACGCAAAUGAUGAUGAUCAUGGCGUAUAUGCAGAUUCUCCAGAUCAAAAUAACUCGUGUGAUGACACAGAGGCAGAUGAUGAACAACCGGACCAUUUUGAUCAACAAUCAAAAUUGUCGAAAGCAAAAGGUUCUCUCACGAAAAUUGCCGCCGAAGGUGACAUGCGUGAUGCAGUGAAAGUAAUGGCGCUGAACAAAUCAAAGUUAAAGUCCUUAAGUGCCGAGAUAAUUCGCUGUUCUGAGUGUUCAUAUCUCGCUUCAGGAAGAGGACUACUGCGGAAGCAUCUUUUUCUUCAUAAAAGGGGCAAGGAUGAACGGAAACGUCGGUUUUCUUGUCCUUGCUGUCCGGCAGCCAUGGACAAGCUUAGCAAGUUAUCAUGUCACAUGAAUCUACAUGAGGGUCAACACAAGGUAAAAGUUUUCUUCUGUACCUUAUGCGCAUUCAAAACGAAUGUGACAGAAUUUCUCAGCACACAUAUGAACAAAUCACAUAACUGCGAGAUAACGAAGGGAAUUAAUUUCAUUACCAAAGUUUUGAAAGUGUCAGUUUCCGCUUUCUUCUGUAACAAAUGCUUGUUUGGAACGCGGGAUCAAGAAGUAUUCAGACAACAUGAACUUGGGCAUAAUGAUGAUGAAGAGAAUGGUGUGACGACGGCACAAGAGCCAUCAUGCCAUGCAUCAUCUUCAUCUCCGGUACCGAAACCUCAACCAAAGAAACCAACGGUUAGAAAUACAUUCGGUGAAAAUCUAAACGAAGAAGACUUGGCUUCAGUAAAUCCUGGUUCGAGGAAGAGGUUUUGCUGUAAGCUUUGUGGUAAAUACUGCUCACGUCUACCAGCACUGAAGGCUCACAUGGCAUCGCAUGUACUUGAUGCAGAUCUAGAGGUCAUGGUAUACAAAUGUCAUUACUGUGCGUAUUCAUCAACAUACAAAGCAUUUGUAAGCAGACAUUGCGAAGAUAAACAUCCCGGGAAAAUCAUUCGCGUGAAACGUAGGGUGGACGUGAUAUCCGCGGCUGGUGAAUAUUUUCCACCACAUGGACAGGAAUGGCCAGAAUCUCCAGAAGAUAUGGACGACCCUGAAGACAUCGAAGUUUCUGACAUGUCAAUUUGUUCCCACCAUUGUGAUAUUUGUCCAUACAGUUGUGAUGAUGCUGCGGAAUUACUUCGUCACAAAAACUCUCAACAUCCUUACCCGGGAAUUCAGAAAACGUUCAUUGUUCCGAAUGGUAAUGUUUUCAAAUCGCCUGUAGUAUGUACAGAGUGCUCAUUCACCACUACGAGAAGAAUAGAUUUACUAAAGCACAUCAAGAUCCAUCCUGUUUUGUCUCCCUCUUAUGAGGCGCAACCAAAGGAGCAAAGGGAAUUGCUAAAAGUUGCUAUUGGGAAGAAAACCGCCACAACCCACUCGUAUGAGCCAAAUUCCCCAUCUCCAGACCCAGAUAGCGAACAUACACCAAGUCCUCAAAUGGAGGAUAAGAAACCCAAAUUAGCGGAAGAUGGUAGCCUGAUUCAAGAUGAGGUGCAAAAACCUAAAGUGAAAACACCAUUAUACUUCCUGGGAGGAGAUCUGCUUCAUUUGAAAUUAAAACCUUGCUUCAUUCAAGAGGAAUCAAAUUCUGAAUUCACAUGUAAACUUUGUCAGGAUACAUUUUCUGGUCGUUAUGUUCUCCACAAGCACAUACUCCAACACAUGGAUGUUUCCUUCUACAAAUGUGCAUACUGCAGUCAUGGUACUUUAGAAUCUCCCUCCAUGGUUGUCCAUAUACAAAAGAUACAUCGAAAGCCCAUACAACACGUUCAGAUGGAUGUUGCUGACCUGGAAAGUAAAAUCAACAAAGCUAUUCAUAGUAUCAAGGAGGAAGAAUACUUCGUCAGAAUGCAAGAUAGCAAUAGUGGUCACGCCAACACAGAUGGAAGAGACGUUGAUAGUGGGGAUGAUUUCCAGCCCUCUGAAAUCAAUUACCGUUCACCGUUUAAGACGAAAGUACCUCCGUUGACGAUCAAAACAUCGCCAUCAUAUGAUAUUGUGAAAAAGAAAUCCGCUUCGACCGCUAAAAAGUCGACAACAAGCAAACCCAAACCUAGUAUUGUUAUUAAGCCUUUACAGAAAUCACCUGUGUAUAAACCACCGGUAGAAGACAACCCAAACAUUCAGAGGAUGGGGGAUAUUUACAAAUGCAAAGUAUGCAGUUAUACAAGUACAUCACGAGCAACUGUGUUUAACCACUUGACAAUUCAUUCAGGAUUUCGAAGAUUCGGAUGCCCUUUUUGUCCAUAUCGCUCACACUGGAGACACGAUUGCCUGAAACAUAUUCGAACGCAUCAUCCAGGGAAACAAGGUCAGCCUACCGCGGACGAUCCUCCAGAGGAUUUUGAUAAUCAGCUGACCCUCAAACCCGAUAAAAGCUCUACAAGCCAAUCGGUACCAAAGGUACCAAAGCCACCGCCUCAACCAAAGCAGAUUUCAGCAACACUUGAAGGUCAACCACCAGUUGAAGGCGCAGCUGAAACAGAAAACACCCCCGAAUAUAGGCACGUUUUUAAAUGUCUUGUCUGCGAUACCAAAUUCAAAAGCAUUUGGUCUAUACAAAAACACUUUUCUAAGGAAUGUUCCCAGCCAAUGUUGGGUUGCUCCUCGUGCAAAUUUAAGGAUUUGGAACCAGGAACUGUAAAGCUUCACAUAGAAACAAAGCAUCCGGGAAGUGAAACAUCAAGAAUUGUGACAUUGAAAAGAGAAGCCAAAAUGAGAAAAUACACAAUUCCUACAUUUAAGAAACAGGAUUCUAAAGAAAGCGUUGACAGCAUUAGUGGGAAAAGUGUAAAGUCAGAAGGGGCAGACCAGGAACAAGCUGCACCUCCUCUAUUUAAUCCAACAUCCACCACUACUACUACCACCGAAAGCCAAUAUUCGAAGUUAAAAUCGCCAAUUCCAACAAGCACCAGCCUAUCUAUCUUGAUAAAGCGAAUAGGAAACCGUUACAUGUGCAAAGAAUGUGGAUUCAGCAAUCCAAUCAAACGAGCACUAAUGCGGCAUGUAAAGAAGCAUAGUAACGCUCGUCCGUUCGGAUGCACAUACUGUGAUUAUCGCUCGAACAACGAAUGCAACACGAAAAGACAUAUGAGAAGAAGACAUAUUGGGAAGCCAGUCCUUGUUAAAAGGUUAGAGCCGUCUCAGUGGUACUCUCCGAUUUCAAGUGAUCUGAAAUAUAGCCGUAAACCUUUUUCGGCUCAGACAACACCGAUACUAGAAUCACCGAGUGCUGACGACAAAGAGGGUGAUGUUGCAGAAGGGGAUGACAAUGCGGGUUCGGAAACUUCUACGAAUGUGAAGGCACGCGUGGAAAUAAGAUACUUCUGGAAAUGUUUGGAAUGUGGUAACAAAAGUAAUUCCGUUUCUAAUGCGUACAGACACUUGAAGAAAGGAACAUGUACCAAAACACUAUAUGGAUGUUCAGGAUGUAAAUUGAAAAAUACUGACAGAAAAGCAGUUGAGUUUCACCUUACUGAAAAGCAUCUAAAUAAGAAUGUACAGAUAACAAUUUGCCCAAACACAGCCAAGAUACGGAAAUACCACAUUCCAAUCAAAGUGGGAGGAUAUGUCACAAAGUCAGAAGGUGAUAUUUCUCAGUUUGACGACACCAGCAACAGCACGGCGAGUAUUGUGAGUAAUACAAAGACUGUUUCUAAGGAGAAUGGAGAUGUUCCAAAACAGAACAGCGAGAAAUCCCAGGUUGUGUUUUGUUCCGCUUGCAACUUGAAAGCUUCGAAUGCAAGAAUAUUUCAAAGUCAUAUGGAAUCGGAGCAUACAGGGAUGCUCAUGGUUUGCAAACAUUGUACUAUAUUCAGAACCGCGUUUGUGUCGAAAAUACAACAGCAUACAUGGGAAAGUCAUCCAGAGAUGCCGUUAAAAUUCUAUUUGAGAACCAAAAAAGGAAUACCUGAUGAAGAGAAGAGACCAUCGGAAAGAUACACGUGUGCCAAAUGCGAUUAUAUAGGAAAGCGAUCGUCUGUCCGUCAACACCUCUACUGUCAUUUUGAGUACAAACCAUACAAAUGUGGACAUUGUGGUUAUCAAACGAAAAAGAACGAUGGUGUAAGGCGUCACAUUGAGAAACAACAUAUUGGUAAACCUAUGAAGAUUUUAUUUAAGAGAAAUGCAGCCCAGGAACAGGAAAUUGAGAUGUUACUGGAUUCAAAUUCGCCUGUCAAACUCUCAUAUCAGAAGUCUCAUGCAGCAAGAUUGGCGAAAGAAAGUUUAUCAAAGCCGCCCAUCAAAACAAUCGCGACUCAAGUAAUAAAAAAGAACUUCCCAACUUUAGCGAACAUGAAAAAUGCUGCAGUAGAAGAUUUUAUUCCGAGCAAGAUGUACAAACCAUUCUUCAAUAACAAGGCUGGAAGGCCCGGCUUCACCUGUCUGCUUUGUCCAUACAAUACCUUCAUGCAGAACACGAUGAUAUCCCACGUUUAUCAUCAUAUGAACUCCAUCUACAGAUGCCCUUACUGUCCUAAUCACGGCUACCCAAGGAGUAGAGUGACGACUCACAUCCGGAAGCAACAUCCUGGCAAACCUGUGUAUGUUAUUGAUGAGAGGCAAAAUAAGGGGGGAUCCGCCAAUUCGACAGCUUCUUCAACAGUGACUUCCGAAUAUUCAUCAGAGCCCACAGAGAAACGUCGGAGGAUUGAUCAUUCGAGCGACAUCGAAGUCGAGGAAGAGUCGAACGCAGGAAGCACAACAGGAAGCAUUAAGGAGGAGACGGGAGUUAUCCAGUAUUCAUGUCACAUAUGUAGCUACUCAAGUCAGAGCCUGUACCACUACCGGCAGCACUUGGCAUCACAUGGGGGCUUUAAAUGGGUGACAGCCGGAACGCAGUUGGAGUCUCGUCUCAAGUGUGGGUAUUGCUCAUACCUAGCUGCUGGGGACAAGGACUUCAACACACAUAUGGAGAAACAUCUUGCCACAAGACCGUUUAGUUGUCCUUAUUGCGAUUUCUCACAAUACACACAAGGGAAAGUGAAGACCCAUGUUGCGUAUGCCCAUCCGGAUAAACCUGUUGAAGUAUCUAGAGAAUCUGGUAGUAGCUGUUUGAUCGAUGACACUCUACAAUUAGACUCUGUGACACUCGUGCAGUUGGAUCCGGCCAUAAAGCUUGUUGACAUAUUGUCACUAGGUGCUUCAGAAUAUGAAAAACUGUUGCUUGGAGCUAACAUAUCCGUUGUCGAUUUUGAUAAUCUCUCUGACGAUCGGUUUACCGCCGUGGCAAGCAACCUCGGUAUUUCCUUGGAUAACCAGUUUGAGAUGAAGACAGAAAAUCAGGAUUACGAAUAUGGCGACCAAUAUGAUGACUAUGUCGUGAAGACUGAAAACGUAGAUGGAGAUGUCCAAACACAAACAGUAACAACAGAUGGGGAAAUGGAUAUAAGUUCAAUGGUGGCCGCUGCGGACAGCCCUGAUAUUGUUGGUAAGGCUGAUCAAAAUAUGGUUGACAACCAGGAAGAUGUGACAGAAGAUACCGAUGAGAACUGCCUGCGGGAAAACAUAGAAUCAAACAAAGUAGAAAAUGCAAAUGAUUUCAGUGAUGUCAGCGAUGCCCCCUUGUCUCAAGACGAUGAAUCAGAAGAGGGUAGAGACUGCAGACGAGAGUUUAGUAGAAAUGGACUUUGAAAGUGUUAGCCAGGAAUCGGUAGACGCCAAGUCCUUACCAGAAUCAUCAGUUAAUGAGAACACUUUGCACGAGUCGGCCAUCGACACAGAGGAGGAAGCUACUGUACAAUAUGCAUCCGCAAUGGAGGAAGAUGACGAGUCGGAUGAACAAAUCAAAUCAUCCAUGGAAAACACAAAUGAUGCAUUGGAUACAUUGGCGAACGAACAGGCAGAACCGAGUGAUCUUGAUACUUCAAGAACUUCCAACAGUGAGCCAAUGUGGGCGUCACAAGGAUUCCAAGUUAUCGAUGAAGUGUAGAUAAAGACACUGUAAAAUAUAUUCAUAGGGUUGUACGAUGUGUUCAUUUCAUUAGUAGAAGAGCACCCUUUAAAAAUGGUAGUAUCGUGAAGAAAUAUCAGUGAUUGAAUUGAUUCCGGGACGGCGCGUUGGGAUGGUUCAAACAUUGAAUGCAUGUUGUAUUCAAGAUGUAUGAAUAUGUAUUUGUAAAUAUGUGACUUUCUUUUGUAAUAUCUUGGAAAUGAUGAGGCAUUAUCUAGAGUUCCAAAGUAAAUGUCAUUCCAACACGCUAUAUUUGGUCCAAGCUUAUUCAUGCAUUUUUUGUAUUUCUCACCACCAUCAAUGCAAGUUACAGUUUAUAAAGGGCAUUUUGUCAUAAGAUGCAUUUGAAAUGAUUAGUGUGUAGGCAUGUGAGAGUCUUAAGCAAUAUCGUAUAGACUUCAUGCUGACCUGCUGACGCUAUGUGUAAGAAUGUGUUUGACAAUACAUCUUAACGUUUGAAUCUGGAUAGUACCGGUAUUUCUGUUCGCAACUUGGUAUAUUUGAUGUCUGAAUGAAAUUUACAAUUAUGUGUUGGAGGGGAUUAUUUUUGUCACAUUGAUUGACAUAUUUGUAAAUAUACAUGUGUAGUGUCUGUAACAUUAUUCUACACUGAUUUACUGGUAAACGUGUAGUACCGGGUAACGUUAAAUCUGCCAACAAAUAAUUUGGUGGAUAGUUUCAAAUUCUUGACUGUAAAAUUUGUCAUGCAUACAUUUGGAAUAAAGAUGUACGUGAAUAGGUCUUUAUCCAUCACGUUAUAUCUGUAAUAUUGAAGGUAGAAAUUGAUUUGUCACGUUGGAAUGCCAAAUAAUAAUACAGAUAUGUUGUACAUUGUGUGUGGAAUGACUAACCAUGUCCAUUUCUCUGUAACUGUAAUGUUAUAUGCUGUUAACGUAUAUGUUUUAGCGGUAUCCUUAUUUUAGCCCUUUUUGCGUUGGAAGCAUUCUGCUAAGAUAUUGCGCUAAUUACGCAUUCAUGUAUACACAUUUUCAAUAGCAAUUAAUGAGUGUGUCAAUUUAUUAUUGUUAAAAUACACAAUGCACUGAAAUUUGAACGCGCCAUUUUUUCACGUUUACAGUAUAUAAAAAUCUUUGCAUUUUCCAUGUAAAAUAUACAUUUAUAGUGCUUUAGUACAAAUGAUGAUAUAUGAAAUGUUGCUCUUUGUUAAUGACAAUUACUACCGUAAUGUUUUAAAAACAUUGGUACCAAAAAUUUCAAUACCUAAUUACUCUCGUUUUUAUUCUUGCAUUUAAAUGAUGUCGUCACCGACCAGGAAUAUAUUUUUAGAAUUUCUGGUAACAGGUGUCCUUUCGUUUUGUUUAUUUUCUCGGUUAAUGUUUAUUUUUCCAUUUACCCCGACAGCCAGAUCUGUUGGGACAGCUGUUUGCGUUCUUCCGUUAUAAGAAAACAGUUGAGUAUUACAGUGUAUAUUAAAUGGUGCUAAUUGAAAAUGAAAUAAGAAACUUUCAGAAAAUCAUGUUUUUCUUGAUGUCAUAACUUCUUACAUGGUACCACUUUCUUCGUUAGAAAACUGCGAAAUCGCUCUAAAAUUAUUACAGUUAAUUUUCGCGGGCGAUACAUGUUAGCAAGAGAUAGUUACGAGCUUCAAUUAUAGAUCUAGCAUUCGUUUAUAUAACUCUUUAUCCAGGGAUGUGAUAUGUUUGUUCGCGAAGUCAACGUUUGAAGAAAUGACUAAAAGUAACUUGAAAGAACGACAGCUGUAGUGUCCGGACAAACACACCCUGUGAUGUCAAAAUUGAGCUUAUAAGUCAAGUCGGGUCUAAAUUGAGUAUAGGUUCACAGAACAAAACGGUAGAAAAAGGCAUACUAUUAUAUUUAUUAAAUUAAAAUUUUGUUCAGGCCAGUGAUUUGAUUGAAAUUAUUUUUGUUUCGGUCAAAUUUCUUUACAUCAAGUUACAAUCGCACGUUGUUCGUUUUUUUGCUCGUGUAUAACGUAUGCAUGCAUGUGCCUGACCAAUAAUUAUAAUGAUCAUUGGAAAUCAUGGAUAAAAUUUUGCUGUUAUCGAAAAUUAAUUCAUUAAUUUUUUUUCUUUUUUUUUUUUUGUAAAAAAUGUUAUUAAAUUGUUAAUGUUAA